AUGAAGCGACUCCGGCUCGUGCUCCUGACCGCGUUGCUAUGGCAAUGCAGCCGUGCCCAGCAGAGAGGACUGUUCCCGGCUGUGUUAAACCUGGCGUCCAUGGCAGAUAUAUCCGUUAAUGCCACUUGUGGCUCAAUGGGUCCAGAGAUGUCCUGUAAGCUGGUGGAACAUGUACCGGGCCAGCCUGUUAGAAACCCUCAGUGUCGAAUCUGCAGCCAAAGGAGCACAAAACCAUUCGAACGGCAUCCGAUAGAAUACGCCAUCGACGGGACCAACCGUUGGUGGCAAAGUCCUUCGAUCAAGAAUGGAAUGAAGUACCACUACGUGACGAUCACUCUGGACUUAAAACAGGUUUUCCAGAUCGCCUAUGUGAUCAUCAAGGCAGCCAACUCACCUCGCCCAGGUAACUGGGUAUUAGAGCGUUCGAUAGAUGGCGUGACCUUUGACCCCUGGCAGUACUACGCCAUCACAGACACAGAGUGCCUGACGAGGUUCAACAUUAAUCCACGGACGGGUCCUCCAUCCUACACUAGAGAUGAUGAAGUUAUCUGCACAUCUUUCUAUUCAAAGAUUCAUCCUCUGGAGAACGGAGAGAUCCACACGUCUUUGAUCAAUGGCCGGCCCAGUGCAGAUGACCCCUCCCCGACCCUGCUGAACUUCACCUCCGCCCGAUACAUCAGGCUGGUGUUCCAGCGAAUCAGAACGCUCAACGCCGACCUCAUGACUCUGACACUCCACGACCCGAGAGAAAUCGAUCCCAUUGUGACGAGACGGUACUAUUAUUCCAUUAAAGACAUCUCAGUCGGAGGGAUGUGCAUCUGUUACGGCCACGCCAAAGCCUGUCCGCUGAACACUGAUACAAAGAAGUUUAGCUGCGAAUGUGAACACAACACAUGCGGGGAGAGCUGUGAUCGUUGUUGCCCUGGUUACCACCAGCAGCCCUGGAUGGCAGGAACCUUCCUCACUCGACACGUCUGCGAGAAGUGUAACUGCCACGGUAAGGCAGAGGAGUGCUACUUUAAUCAGACAGUAGCAGACCUGUCACUCAGCCUGAACACCCAAGGUCAAAACAGAGGGGGUGGAGUCUGCAUUGCUUGCCGUGAUAACACAGCUGGAAUCAACUGCCAGACCUGCGCUGAUGGUUUCUACAGACCCACUGGGGUGAGAGCUGAAGAGGAGAACCCCUGCAUCGCCUGCUCAUGUGACUCACACGGUUCCAUCAGCCAAUCAUGUGUCGCCGAUCCAAGCCAGGCCACGCCCAAUCAGCCAGCGGGGUCAUGCCGGUGUAAGGAGGGUUUUGGGGGUCUGCGAUGUGACAGGUGUGAUGUGGGUUAUAUGGGCUACCCGUCCUGCGAGCGCUGUAACUGCAGCGUGGAAGGAAGCACCAACGAUGACCCGUGUAUAACACCCUGCGUGUGCAAGGAGAACGUGGAGGGAGAGAACUGCGACCGCUGUAAGCUCGGAUUCUUCAACCUCCAAAGGGACAAUCGACGUGGCUGUGAGAAGUGCUCCUGUAUGGGCGUUUCCACUCACUGUUCUGGCUCCACGUGGUCCUAUCACAACGAGACCACUCUGACUGGCUGGCACCUGCUGGGACUUACAGGAGGUCAAGUGUGGUCCGUCCACAGACAGACGCCUCCGUAUCUCAGUGUCCGACACGCAGACGUUGUGAAUGAUCUCGGCUCUGCCUACUACUGGAAUGCACCCGGACUAUUCCUGGGAAACAAGCUUUCAGCCUAUGGAGGGAGUGUGGCCUACACUGUGUCUUAUAAUACAGACAAGCAAGAACAAAUCGCCAUUAGACCCACCUCACAACCGGACCUUAUCAUAGAGGGUGCCGGGAUCAAGAUUAUUGACAGCAAGUAUGGCCGUCCGUUGUACCCGUCCUCGCCAAGCACCACUCACAUCGCUCUCCUUCCAGAGAACUUCCUGGUUUUAAAGAGCGAUCAGCGGAUUAGCCGAAGGGAUUUCUUGUCCGUGUUGGCCAAUGUGACCAGAGUGAUGGUGCGGGCCUCUUAUAGCGAAGAACCCAGCGCUGUGUACAGACUCCACUCAUUCUCCAUGCAGGUAGCUAAUCCCUCCGCCAGAGGAGAGAGGAGAGCAUCAGCAGUAGAAAGCUGUUCUUGUCCUUCUGGAUAUGCUGGAACAUCCUGCGAGGCUUGUAUUCCUGGUUUUCGGAGGGUUGAUGGGAAUCUGUAUAACGGUGUAUGUGAACCUUGUCGUUGCCACGGACACGCUACACAAUGCCAUGAUGUCACAGGAUACUGCCUGGACUGCACCCAUCACACCACAGGCCCUUACUGUGACACCUGCCUACGUGGUUAUUAUGGAAACGCCACCCGUGGGUCACCUGCAGACUGUCAGCCCUGUGCCUGCCCGCUCAAUCUUCCUAGCAACAAUUUCAGCCCCACCUGCCACCUGGGUGAAGAAGGGGACUUGCAGUGCGACCAGUGUCAGCCCGGCUACACAGGACCACGAUGUGACAGAUGUUCUAACGGAUACUACGGUCAGCCCACUGUGCCAGGAGGAUCCUGCCAGCCGUGUGAUUGCAACGACAACCUGGACCUCUCCGUACCUGGCAGCUGUAAUCCAAUCACAGGCCAGUGUCUGCGCUGUCGUCUAGGUUACGGCGGCAGAUCUUGCGAAAGUUGCGCUGAUGGUUACUUUGGAGAUGCCAUCACUGCGAGAAACUGCCAGACCUGUCAGUGCCACACUAAUGGCUCUGUAUCUGAGAUCUGCAAUAAGGAGACUGGACGUUGCCAGUGCAAAAAAAACGUGGUCGGCCGACAGUGUGACGAGUGUAUGCCUAACUGCUGGUGGGAUGCUGAGCGUCAGGACUGUAUCCCCUGUCGCUGCAGCCCUCACGGCUCUAUCUCUCAGCGCUGCGACAUCGAGGGCCGCUGCAUCUGUCGCCCCGGCUUUGUGGGCCGGCAGUGUGACCUGCGUCGCCAAGGUUACGAGAGGAGGGAGACCCGGAGGCCCGUGGAGCGAGUUCCCAUCGAAAGCGUGCAGCAGAGAUGGGGGGGCUCUUCCCGUACGGGGGGUUGUCCGAGGGGGGCGUACAGGCCUAAGACAGGGGCUCAGACUCACGGCAUCAGCACCGGUGGAUCGUGCGUCCCCUGUCACUGCAACUCGUUUGGUUCCAAGUCGUUCGACUGCGAUGAGACGGGUCAGUGUCGGUGCCAGCCCGGCGUCACCGGACCCAAAUGUGACCGGUGCUCACGAGGAUUCUUCAACUUCCAGGAGGGCGGCUGCACACCGUGUCAGUGCAGCCAUGUGGGGAAUAACUGCGACGCCACCACGGGACAGUGUAUCUGUCCUCCCAACACCAUCGGUGAGAGGUGUGACCACUGCGCUCCGAACCACUGGGGCCACGACAUCGUCACUGGAUGCAAGGCGUGCGGCUGCAGCGUGAUCGGCUCCGUGACCCAGCAGUGUAACGUCAACACCGGCUGCUGCAUGUGCCGAGACUCCUUCAGAGGAGAGAAGUGCAACGAAUGUCAAAUUGGAUACAGAGACUUUCCUCAGUGCACACAGUGCGAGUGCAGCGUCUCAGGAUCGGACAGCCAGACCUGCGACCUGGAGAGGGGAGUGUGCGCCUGCGCUGAUCGAACGGGGAAGUGCAGCUGCAAGGUGAAUGUGGAGGGACAUAACUGUGAGCGAUGUAAGCCUGACACGUUUGGGUUGUCGGUACGAAAUCCUCUCGGCUGCAGCAACUGUUACUGUUACGGAUUGACGAAGUCCUGCACAGAGGCACAGGGACUCAUCAGGAUGUGGUUGACGCUGAAGCCUGAGCAGACGGUGCUCCCCCUGGUGGACAAAUCCAACACAAUGGAGACGAGGAGAGGAGUGAGCUUCCAGCACCCCGAGAUCCUCGCUCAUACAGAGCUGGUCACCUCCACUCUCUCUGAACCCUAUUACUGGAGGCUGCCAGAGCAGUUCAGAGGCUCCAUGAUCACAGCUUACGGUGGCCAGCUGAAAUACGCAGUGUACUACGAGGCCAGAGAGGAAACUGGUCCUUCCUCCUACGAGCCUCAGGUCAUCAUUAAGGGUGGUCCUAACCGCAACAUCGUGAUGACACGCCACAUACCGGGACUCCAGAUCGGUCAGCUCACCCGCCACGAGAUCGACAUGACAGAGCAUGAGUGGAAGUACGCAGAUGGCAGGUCCAUGACUCGAGAGGACUUCAUGGAUAUUUUGUUCUAUGUGGACUACAUCCUAAUUAAGGCAUCACACGGCAACUUGAUGAGACACAGCCGUAUUUCAGAAAUCAGUCUCACAGUGGCCGAGGAGGGCCGACCAAGCAAAGAGAGCGAGAAAGCACAACAGAUAGAGAAGUGUGAGUGUCCACUCGGAUACUCUGGACUGUCCUGUGAGGAGUGUGCUGCAGGUUUCUACCGUCUUCGCUCCGGCUCCCUGCCACCUGCUCCAGCGUCCAGAGUGCCGACCGCUUCCGGCAUGGGCAGCUGUGUUCAGUGCCAAUGCAGUGGGCACUCUUCCACCUGUGACCCCGAGACAUCCAUAUGCCAGAAUUGUCAAGACAACACAGAGGGCGAUCGGUGUGAACGCUGCGCUCCGGGAUUCUACGGUGUGGUCCGAGGUUUCCAUGACGACUGUAAACCCUGCGCUUGCCCCCUCAUCAACCCAGAGAACAAUUUCAGUCCGACAUGUGUAACGGAGGGAUAUGACGACUACCGAUGCACUGCCUGUCCUGAGGGAUACGAGGGCAAAUACUGCGAAAGGUGUUCUACCGGUUACCAUGGUAACCCUUCGAUGCCGGGCGGCCGCUGUGAGGAGUGUAAGUGUUCCCUGUGGGGGGCGCUGCCGGGACCAUGUGACCCUGUGACCGGCCAAUGCCGUUGCAGGGUCGGGGCCUCGGGGACGACGUGUGACCAGUGCAUGGACAGGCAUGUGUGUGGACCAGCUGGGAUCAUCUCCUGUGAUGACGAGUGCUCGGGUCUGUUGAUCAGCGAUAUGGACCGCCUGUAUCGCAUCAUCACUGAUGUCACCCUGACCACGCCCCUCCCACCGCCUUAUAAGGUGUUGUACCGCUUCGAGAACAUGACUGAAGAACUCAAGCACAUGCUGUCACCUCAGAAAGCUCCGGAGAGAUUACUGCAACUGGCCGACUCCAACCUGGGAUCACUGGUCGUUGAGAUGGACCAGCUGCACAGCAGGGCCACUAAGGUGUCUGCUGACGGAGAGCAGGUCGACGAUGAUGCUGACAGGAUUCAUAAACGAGCUGAGGACCUGGAGCAGUUCAUCAGGGAUACACUGCUGGGAGCUCAAGACCUCCAGUCGAAGGCUGCCGAGUUGAACCAGACUCUCUCGCGGGGAGAUGGAACUCCAGACAAAAGCCUCAAGGAGAUGAAGGAGGAGAUCCAGGCCAUGCUCGCCGAGAUGAGAAAACGACAGCUGGGAGGGAAGAAGAGCAUCGCAGAGGAAGAGAUGGACCUUGCAGAGGAGUUGUAUCAGAAAGUGAAGAGAUUAUUUGGCGACCCCCAUCAGGCCACAGAAGACCUGAAAGCAGAAAUAAAAGAGAAGCUGUCAGACCACGAGGGGAAGCUCCAUGAGGCGCAGGAUCUCCUCCACGAGGCCCAGGGGAAGACCAGGCAGGCCGGCUCGCUGGCUGACCAGAACCAGGCCAACCUCACAUCCCUGGAGAGGAAGCGCUCUGCAGUGAGCGGGCUGAAACAAGAAGCACAGGAGGUCCUUGGAGAAGGAGAACGUCUUCUGGGUGAAGCCAACCAGUUUUCUAACAACAUCAUCAAGGAGAUAGAGGACCUGGAUGAGAUGGGCAGAGAGCUGGUUCCUCUUCACGAGAAGCUGGAUGAGAGAGUGACUCACCUCACUGACGGUCUGAGCGGCGGCGGCCUGGCUAACCACGUGCACGACGCCGAGGAACACGCCAAGCAGCUGAACCAGUCUGCUGCCAUUUUGGAUGGUAUUUUGGCUGAAGCUAAAAAUCUCUCCUUCAAUGCAACAGCUGCCUUCAAGGCCUACAGCAACAUUAAAGCAAACGUGGACGCAGCGGAGAAAGAGGCGAAGGCAGCCAGACAGAGGGCAGGUGAAGCACUGGCUCUGGCUUUAGAUCCAGAGGUCCCAGUGAAGGAAGCAGCUCAAGGUGCCCUUCAGAAGAGCCACAAACUGCUAAACGAAGCUAAACAACUUCAAAAUGAUGUCAAAGAGAAUGCAGAUGAUGUGGCCGGGCUGAAGGGCAGAGUUAAAGCAGCGAGAGACAAAACCAAAGACCUGCUGAAAGCUGUCAACGGAACCAUGGCAACGCUCAACGCUAUUCCCAACGACACAGCAGCUAAGCUCGCAGCCACAAAGGCUGUAGCAGCAGACGCUAACGCCACGGCCAUAGACGUCCUGGAUCGUCUCGGGGAUUUGAACCUGCAACUUCACGGCCUGCAGAGGAACUACAGCGAGCUGGAGGACACCGUCAACGCUGCCAAUCAGAUGAUCCAGGACCCCGAGAAAAACAUCCAUGCUGCAGGAGCUAAAGUGAAGGAUUUAGAGGAUGAAGCUGAUAGGCUGCUGGAGAAGCUGCAGCCAAUCAAAAAGCUGCAGGACAACUUGAGGAGAAACAUCUCGCAAAUCAAGGAACUCAUCAACCAAGCCAGGAAACAAGCCAACUCAAUCAAAGUUUCAGUGUCUUCAGGUGGUGACUGCCUGCGUAGUUACCGACCCGACAUCAGGAAAGGAAGAUACAACACCAUCAUCCUUCAUGUUAAAACCACCACACCUGAUAACCUGCUGUUCUACCUGGGCUCAGCCAAAUAUGUUGAUUUCCUCGCCUUAGAGAUGCGUAAGGGGAAGGUGAGUUUCCUCUGGGACGUGGGUUCAGGUGUGGGCAGGGUCGAAUAUCCUCAUCACACCAUCCAUGAUGGGAACUGGCACAGAAUAGAGGCGUCUCGUAAUGGGUUGAAUGGCACCAUAUCAGUGUAUCCUCUGGAAGGCUCUAUGGCUGGUAUGAUGCCGACCCCGGCCAGUGCCAACUCGCCCACAGCCUACACCAUCUUGGACGUCGACCAGAACGCCUACCUCUUUGUGGGAGGAAUACUCGGCACUGUCAAGAAAGCAGAUGCAGUCAGAACAACAACAUUCACCGGCUGCAUGGGGGAAACCUUCCUGGACGGUAAACCUAUUGGACUGUGGAACUACAGAGACAGACAGGGAGACUGUAAAGGAUGUGUUGUCAGCCCCCAGCGUUCAGAUAGCGAGGGGACGGUUCAGCUGGAUGGCGAGGGCUACGCCGCAGUGGGACGACCCACCAGGUGGAACCCCAAUGUUUCCACUGUGGCCUUCAAGUUCCGCACGUUUUCCUCUGAAUCCCUGCUCAUGUAUUUGGCCACUGAAGAUAUGAAGGACUUUAUGUCCCUGGAGCUGUCGGAGGGCAAGGUGAAGGUGAACUUUGACCUUGGGUCAGGAGUCGGUAGUGCCAUAUCACCUAGCCGCCACAAUGAUGGACGCUGGAAAUCCCUUACCAUGUCACGGAACAAGAAACAAGCCACCGUGACCGUUGUGGACAUCGACAGCGGUACUGAGGAGAAGAUCACGGCCACAUCUCAGGGUGCAGCUACGGGUCUGAACCUCAAGGAAAACCAGAAGAUGUACUUUGGAGGGCUGCCUACUAUUGGAAACUACAGCAUGACAGCCAGGUCGGAGGUCACCCUGAAGCGUUAUGCUGGCUGUCUGCGGGAGAUUGAAGUCUCCAGGACUCCUUAUAACCUCCUCAGCAGUUCAGAUUAUACCGGGGUCACUAAAGGAUGUAAUGUUGAGAACCUGUACACAGUCAGCUUCUCUAAGCCGGGAUACAUGGAGCUGAGUGGCUUGUCGCUGGCCGUUGGCACGGAGAUCAGCCUGUCGUUCAGCACUUUGACGGACACUGGGAUCAUUUUCCUGGCUGUAGGUGGAGCUUCACCGAUCGGCCUGCAGAAUAUCUUCCCACCACAGGCCAGAAACACAAACCUCCUCAGCAAUAACAGGAGACGCAGACAGUCUGGAGAGCCCUACCUCUCUGUCAUGCUGAACAAAGGCUCUCUGGAGGUGCUGGUGUUCACCGGCAGCCACAGUCCGCGUCGUGUCAUCAGACGGCCUGAACAAGGCUCGCUGCACGACGGGAGAGAGCACUCGCUGCGCAUAGAGAGGCUACCUGGCAGAUCUUUUGCAGUUCAGGUGGACGAGGAGGCCAAGAGGGAGGCGGCGCUUCCCAACGACCAGCCGGUGAAGCUGCAGCGGAUCUUCCUCGGCGGUAUUCCUGCAGAUGUCGAGCAGACAUCCAACAGAGCCAACGUCCCAUUCCAGGGAUGUAUAUGGAACCUCAUGAUCAACGCUGUCCUCUCAGACUUCUCCCUGCCCGUGUCCUUUGAGAAUGCUGAAAUCGGACAGUGCCCCAGCCUCGCCCCGCCGCCACCUCUACCUCUGCUGCCGGACGAAGAGGAACCCGAGAAGGAAAAGGAGGAGUCCAAGCCACUCAGUCCUCCGCCGACCCCGGCCCCCGCCACACCAGCUCCUGGUCCUCCUGCUGAGGCCACGCCCCCUGCCACACCUGCUGCCACACCCACUGCUGCUGCAGCCCCGCCCACUGACAAACAGGAGCCCAGCGUUGACAUGGAUUCAUGUGCUUCGGCUGUGGCCCCGACAGCGCUGGAAAAGGCCUAUCAGUUCGGACUGACCAGGAACAGCCACAUGAGUUUCGCUUUUGACGACACCAAAGUCAGAGAGAGGCUGAUAUUGGAGUUUGAGCUGAGGACGAAGGAGGAGUCUGGUCUUGUUCUCUACAUGGCAAGAAUCAACCACGCUGAUUUUGUUACCAUACAGAUCAAGGACGGGCAGGUGUGUCUGGGUUACGACCUCGGCCAUGGAAACAUCUCUGGCUGCGUCCCCUUCUCCAUCAACGAUGGAACCUGGCACAAGAUCCGUGUGACUCGUGUCAAGCAGAGAGGUGUACUUGUGGUUGAUGGGCGAUACAGCAAACAGAUGACCAGUCCAAAGACGGCCGACCUGUUGGAUGUGGUGGGAAUGCUGUAUGUGGGUGGAUUACCACAAAACUACACCAGCAAGAGAAUCGGACCGAUUCUCUUCAGUAUCAAUGGAUGUAUCCGUAACUUUAAGAUGGUUGGAGGUGCUGUGACCGCUAAGGCUCCUGCUCAAGCUGUGCUUGAGGACUUUAAACUAGACAUGGCCGCGCCCGCCUCCAGCUACAUGGUUGGAAGAUGCUUUGUGGCCACUGAGACGGGAACCUAUUUCGAUGGCACUGGCUACCUGAAAGCAGUGUCUUCAUACAGAGUGGGUCUGGAUGUGUCGAUAGCGUUGGAGUUCAGGACGAGCAGAACCAAUGGAGUGCUUUUAGCCGUCAGUAACCAAGCUAACGAUGGACUGGGACUGGAGAUUGUUGAGGGCAAGCUGUUCUUCCACGUUGACAACGGAGCCGGACGGUUCACAGCGGAGCACGUGCCCGAGGGGGAGGGCUUCUGCGACGGCCAGUGGCACUCCGUCACUGCCAGGAAGCUUCGCCACAGGGCGGAGCUGGUGGUGGACGAGAAGCAGAGCCAAGCAGAGAGUCCCAACGCACGCUCCAACACCUGUGACACCAACGACCCCAUCUACGUCGGAGGAUAUCCAGCUGGCGUUCGGCAGGCGGCGCUCUCCACCACCACUUCCUUCGGCGGUUGCAUGAGGAACCUGAAGAUCACUAAAGCGUCUAAGACCCUGGAUGUGCAGUUUAACAAGGCGCUGGAGAUUAAAGGGGUCCAGCCUCUCUCCUGCCCUGCUGUAGCUGCCUAACCAGUCCCAGAGAGCCUCCACUAAUACAGCACUCCUCUGACCCACACUGGACUCAAUCAUGUUUCAUGUCCAAAAAUAGAUAAUAUACUAAAUCAAGGACUUGAUUUGAGGUCAGACUGGCUCUUCAUCAGGUACAGAAGUUAACUCAGAUGUGUGUCCUUGAAGAAAUGGUCAAUAAUCCCUCCUGUGGGUGGGGGAAAUCUCCAAACCAGACCCAAUCACUCAUCAGAAUAUGAAAUAUACGUAACAACAAAAAGGGGAUUAUAAUAAUUAAGUUUAAGGUCAAAAUGAAAACUUUGUCCUAGUUAUGUGCUUCACAGUAGUUUCACUGCUGUUCCAGCACUUUUAUGAUAAUUGUUAUAUUUCUGUGAUGUGACUGUGUGUUGGUUUUUAAGGUACUAAGUACAUUUACUCAAGUACUGUACUUACCUUGAGUAUUUCCAUUUAUCAUAUUUUCUGUCCACUACAUUUAGCUGCCAGCUUUAGUUACUUUUCAGGUCAAGAUUUUAAACCUCAUUACAGUGUAUGAAGUCGUUAAAAUGAGCUCUACCUUUUAUAAAAAGUAAAACGCUGCUUACAAAAUGCAUCAAUACAAACAAUCUAAUGAUAUAUUUCGUAUCUACAGUGUUUAACAAAUUCAUUAGAGCACCGGUUUUUGCCACAGCUGUCCUAAAUUAACAGCAUUAGUAAUUACCAAAAUAUUUUUAUGUUUCUGUAAUGGUUAAUACACCAUUAUGUAGAAGCUCUUUUACGGAAAUUAUAUUUUUUAUGCUAAAAUAUAAUUAUUAUUGUUAUCCAUUAUUUUCAAAUUUACUGUUUUAUAAAAAAACUGUAAAAAGAAAAAUAGUAAAACACAUUAGUAUUUCUUGAUUAAGAUGUCAAAUUAUAGUUAUUUACUUGCAUUCCUGAACAGAAAAUUUUGUUUUAAUGGUUGAAUGUUCUGCUUGACUAAUUUCUGACUUCUCAGCCCAGUGAGUCGGCUCAAAUCUGGCUAUAAAAAGGUGAAUUCAGUUUGUUAUUUGCCAAAUAAAUAUCAAUUACAUUUUAACAUUAGCUUAAAGCUUUUGAAAAAAUUCUAAAAUAUUUGUUUUUAUGACAGAUGGUCUAAUAAAUUUGUUAAGCACUGUAUAUAAUAAUUAGAGUGGGUCCAUUCUGCAUAACAAGUACUUUUACUUUUGAUACUUGAAGUACAUUUUGAUGCUGAUACAUUUGUUCUUUUACUUGUAGUGGAGUAAUUUGACAUUGUGGCAUCAGGACUUUUACUUAAGUUAGGGAUCUGAAUACUUCUUCCACCACUGACUGAGUCUGGCUUGAAGAUGACACACAGCCAAUAGUUUGUCAAAGUUAUAAUCUUUUAUUCUCUUUGGCAGCACCUAUCCAAACAGUAACAUGAAGCGCCUACCUGUGCACCUGUGUGCAUUGUGUUUUUUCCAGUUAAUGCUUCAUCAGGGGUUCAUAGUCUUACCGUAUUUAAAUUAAGAUUAUUACUUUAACUUAAUGCCGCUGUACUUGAUGAACAGCCAAUCUGAUUCAUUCAACAGUGUUGAAGGUCCCUCUGAAACAAAACGUCUAUACAACAACAAUCAGAUUCUGUCUAGUCACGUACUAGAAAUUCAGCAUAUACCGACUUACCUACCUGUGGUCAAUAUUAAGAGAAGAAGCCAUGGCAGCAUCUGUGUCUGAUGCAAACAAUAUGUGAAGUCAAGAAAAUGUUUUUCUUCUUAAAAACGUUCUUACGCCCUCAUAUUUUCAGUAUGAGACCCUGACUUUAUGUACAGUGUAAGGAUCUGGUCAAUAAAUCCAUCAUGGCUACAAAUUAAGGUCUCAGAGUGUUUUAAAAUGAGUUUCUUCACUAAGUAGUAUUAAAAACCUGUGCUGCGGUUGCAGGUGCUCAUAGUAUUAAAGCUAAUUAUAUUUUUAUGAUAUGUGUGAUGAUGUGAAUGUUAAAUCAGCGAUGUUUUCCAGGGAAGUUAUAUUAAUUUACCCUUGUUACACAAACUCCCUUGGAAAAUAAUGAAAAAAAAAUCAUGUAUAUCUUUGUGUGAGUUUUCUACAUUUGUCCUUCCUAAACCUUGUUCCCUCAGAAUUAUAUUCUCCACUUUGUUUAGCAAGAAAUUAACAUGUUAUAACCCUCUUAGAUGCAGUUCUUCUCAGCCCUCUGUGCAGGAACAGACGUGGACAGAUCCUGAUCUAAAAAUGACACAAAAAAACAAGUGGGCCUGCUUGAUUAACCCAAUGGCAUAAAUACAAGUGGUUAAAUUGCAGAUUACAAUAGCUGCGAGUUAAUAACUGUAUUGCUAUAUGGACAUGCUAACUUUAAUGAUGGCAAGUAGAUGACAAGAGAAAUUUUUUCAAUUUUUCUGGGUACAAUAAUCCUUCAACAUUCCACACAAUCAAUUGAUUUGAUGUAACAGGAAACUGUCACACAAGCUGGAGCUUGUGUUAUUUUUCAGUAUUGUUGCGAUGCCAAACUGAAGGUUCAAGGUUUCCGUAGGACGCUUACAGCGGUGUAUGUUCUGCAUGGUGUUUCUGAAAUAUAUUCUUGAUAGCAUCAUAAAGAUUGUCCUGUCCUUCUUUUAACCUCUGAAGUCAGGAGAUUUUGGUUCAAAUUUGUCAACUUCCUAUGCAUUCAUUUCUGUCUCUGUUUAGCAUCUUUCAGUCUGUCCUUACAUCACAUGCAUGGCUCAUUUUUCUCCACACAAAGUUGGCUAUCAGUCCGAUUUUGCAUUUUAUUUUUAAUUAACAAAGUAUAAAGCUGCCAGGAACCCACAAUACAAACAAAAGACACAGGUG